AUGUCUUUCCCCAUCAGUCGCGUUGCUGUAAUCGGCGCAGGUAUCAGUGGUGUCGUUGCUGCAGCGCAUCUCAAGAAGGAGGGCAUUGAGGUCGUAGUCUUUGAGCGAUCUAGUGCUGCAGGAGGCAUAUGGCGUUACGAUGAGCGGAAGCCCUUGGAGCCAUCGUAUUCGAGUGCGAAGCGUUCGAGAGCUGACAGUGUUCACGCAAGCGAAGCCCUGGAAGAUGUCGAAAGCCUGCUACAUGCGCCACCAGGCCCGUGUUACGUGGGCCUCAAGAACAACGUGAGUACACGUUUGUUAGAAACCACCUUGAACCAGUUUUCACCCGGGACAGAGGAUUAUGUAACGCACAAUGUCUUGUGCGACUACAUACAGGCUACUGCUUUCUCAACAGGGGUACAUGAGUUGACACAGUACGACACCGAUGUGAGAAGCGUCACCAAGAACGGUAGAUUAUGGACUGUCGAGACUGCGACUUUGCAGACCGAUGCGCAAGGUGUGUUAAGGCGACACGAAUCUUCCCAGCCCUUUGAUGCUGUAGUAGUUGCAUCUGGUCAUUACCACGCGCCGAGGAUUCCUGAUACGCCUGGACUCGCAGACUGGAAGCGACAAUUUCCCAGCAGAGUACAGCAUUCCAAACUUUAUCGAAAGCCCGAAAAUGCUCAUGACAAGAACUAUCUACUUGUCGGUGGGAGUGUGUCAGCAACGGAUAUCGCGCGCGAGCUCAGCCCGUAUGCAAACAAGAUCAUACAAAGUCAAAGGAACGGAAAGUUCGACCUGCCUCCAAGCAUGCUCCCAGACAACGCGUACCGCGUGGAUGAGAUAGCAUCGUACGACGAACCACGAGUGAACACCUCAGCCUCAUUGAACCAAACUGAGCCGAUUCCAGCUACCGUCACGCUGAAGUCAGGUGCAAAGAUUUGUGACAUUCAUCAUGUCAUACUUUGUACAGGUUACCACCUAACACUGCCUUUCCUAUCUCAGCUCACCUCGGACGAGACACCAGUCGAUCAGGCCGACGAUACGCUACUAGUGACAGACGGUACACAGUUUCACAAUCUGCACAAAGACAUCUUCUUCAUCAAUGACCCAACGCUCGCCUUUGUCGGUGUGCCGUUCUUCACAGCGACAUUCACGUUGUUUGAGUUCCAAGCCAUGGUUGUUGCAAAGGUACUCUCGGGACAGGCAAAGCUUCCAAGCAAAGAUGCGAUGAGAUUAGAAUAUAACGUCCGAGUUGAUACCAAGGGUUAUGGCAAGGCAUUUCACAGUUUGAGAGACCAGGAAUCCACGAACAUGGGUCAACCUCAAGACGUCUCGACGGAAGUCAACCCUGCAAUAACCGUCAUUCAGUCUGACAAAGAGCUGAAAGCGAAGCCGCACAAGUGGUAUUACUACCUUUGGGAUACCUUGGACAAGCCGAAAGAAGAACGAUGGUUCAUGUUCAAGCUCGAUGCUGCUCUGCUUACUUUUGCGUCUUUGGGGUACUUUAUCAAGUACUUGGAUCAAUCCAACAUCAACAGCGCCUUCGUGUCUGGAAUGAAGGAGGAUCUUGGGCUUUACGGCAACCAGCUCAACUACAUGCAAACUUGCUGGACUGUUGGCUAUGUCAUCGGCGAACUACCCAGUAACAUCAUUCUAACUCGAGUGCGCCCAUCAAUUUGGAUACCAGCUAUGGAGCUUACAUGGGCCGUCUUAACAUUCUGUCUUUGCCGCGCAAAUAACGCAGAAACCAUUUACGCUUUGCGCUUUCUUAUCGGUCUUGCUGAAAGUACGUUCUACCCAGGCAUGCAAUACAUUAUCGGAUCCUGGUAUCGAAGGGAAGAACUUGCCAAAAGAUCUUGUAUCUUCCACACCAGCGGCGCCAUCGCGACCAUGUUCUCCGGCUACCUAAUGGCUGGUGUAUACAAGCUUGACGGACGCGGCGGUUUCAAGGGGUGGCAGUGGCUGUUCAUCAUCGAUGGUGUCAUAUCCUUACCUAUCGCAUUGCUUGGCUUCUUCGCAUUGCCCGAUCUUCCCGAAAUCUCCAAGCCCUUUUACUUGACAAAGGAUGAAGUUGCAUUCGCCCAAAAGCGCAUGGAGCUCGAAGGCCGGCAAAAACGGAAGCCUUAUACCAGAGCCAAAGUCAAGAAGAUCUUUACGUCGUGGCAUAUCUGGGCUCUCGUUCCACUUUACGUAUUUUUCAACAACGGUACCUCGGGCGGGCAACCGGUAUUCCAGCAAUUCCUCAAAGCCAGCAAGGAUCCAAAGUAUACCGUCAGUGAGAUCAACACUUACCCGACUACUACCAAUGCAGUACAAGUCGUUACCACACUCUUGUAUGCAUGGACGAGCGAUAGUAUCCUCAAAGGAUCCAGAUGGCAACCGAUCGUCUUCGGUGGAUGCAUGAACAUCGUAUGCUCUACCAGUCUCGCGAUCUGGGAUAUCCCUAUCAAGUGGAAGUGGGCUUGCUACAUUCUUUCCGGCUUCGGUGGUGGUCUAUCCGGCUUAUGCUUUGCAUGGGCUCAUGAGAUCUGCACACACGACAACGAGGAACGAGCCAUUGUCGUCGCAGCUAUGAAUGAAAUGGCUUAUGUGCUUCAAGCAUGGUUACCACUCCUGGUCUGGAAGCAGGUCGAGGCACCUCAGUAUCGCAAGGGUUUCAUCACGGUCACAUUCUUGAGCGCUGCGCUGAUUGCGACUGCGCUCAUAAUCCGGCUACUGCACGCGAGAGAGGUGGCCAAGAGACAGCUUGCUCAAACAGUCGAGCAUGAUGAGCGGACUAGCUCUGAUGAGGAAGGAUCCGGUAAGCCUGGUAUGCAAGGUGAGAUCCUGGAGAAGGCCACAGAUGAGGAUGGGGUGCAGUGGGUCCGUAUCUUUAUCGAGAGCGUGACGGAGACUGGAACUGAACCUGGCGACCGCAAGAAAUGGGUGCCUCUCGAGAAGAUCAAAAUCGGCUCGGAUUGGAGAGGUCAUGACAAUGGCUGGUAUUCUCACGGAAACGACUUUGUCAGCGCCGCAUCGGCAGGUCAUCAAGAGGAGCAGUCAAAAUCUUCGAAGAAGACAGUCCACAAGGCAUCAUGA